AUGGAACACUGGGUCCAUUCAGAAUGGGGAAAUGGUUAUCAGUUAUCUUCGCGACGUCGGGGGGUUCGUCGCCAAGGUUUGUGUUCCUUGGAGCGAGGUUCCGAAGCUUUCGAGCUCGAGGUAAUGAUCAUGUCGAUUUUGCAACAAGAUUCGAAUUAUUCAGACUCGAGCUCAGAAUUAUCAUUCCACAAAGGAGGUUCGGAUCGGAAUAUCGUCAGUACGGAGCAGCUUCCCAACAACAGUGAAGCAAAGUGUGUCGGAAAGGAUAUCACCAGAAUUGACGCGUUGCUGCCAUCGCAUGCCACCAAGAAGCGACCUCAAUCAAGCAAGAGUCGCUUGUUUGAUGUUGAUCUUAGAAGAGACGCGUAA